GUUUCAACGUCCGAACCACUUAUCUGGCCCACCACACACAUCUUGCCUCUUGGCAAUCGCGUCUGAGCGACUCACAUUCAGCACGGUGGGCUAACCAAGCCCAGACAUGAGCUUGGCACGCGACCGUAUAGAUGAGCUGUGUUGAAUUGAGGAACAGAAAUCAUUCCACAACUUUAGCUGUAUCUCAUCUUCAGACGUUGCGGCUACUGUGUCUGAGAGAUUCAGGGCUACUCGGCCGAUGCUAGGCAGAAAUAUUCGCGAUAUAAUCUUGAAUCUUCGCAUGAGUGGACGAUGAUGUCAUCGCAUGAUUCAGCAUGGUGGGGUUGCAUCGACGCAUAUAAAAUCCCAAAGCAGAUGUGGGAGAUUCCUGCAAACACAUUGACAGUGUCGGUUGACUUCGGAUCUGCAAAAUGGCUAACACAGUCGACGUGACGCGAGCUUCUGAGCUGAAUGAAGCCACCGGAGGUCAUACAGAGGGGAUGGUUCGCAAGGGAGCGAUUGUUGACAAGUCAGAUCAGCUAUGCGCAUUAGUCAUGUGCGCCCAGCCACAUUCCUCGUCAGCCGUUCACCAUCACGGUGAGCAAGACACGGUGGUAUAUGCCGCCAAAGGCCGCGGUUCUAUCGUCUUCGAUGGUGGCAAGCAGCGGAAAGACCUUGCCCCGGGUGAUUUUGCCAUCAUUCCUGCGUACACUGAACACCAGGAAGUGAACCCAUCUGAUCAAGAUGUGGAAUGGAUUAUCACCCGAGCCGGUCGGAAACCCGUCACGGUCAACCUGGACGGGUGGAGUAACGCGUCCAGCUAAGCUGGGGGACUUUAUGUAGAUAUGACUGCUCAGUAUGAUGCUUAUACGUGUAUUACCCCGAGAAUCCUCACUGAGGGCUAUUUUUGAUGUCCUGCACCUCGGAGUGCUGGUUAUCUCAAUUCACUCCACACAUCUAAUUACUCCACUUAGUCGAUCUUGACUGUUUGUUGUUUACGAAGCGCUGAGUAACUCUAGGUUUGCUCCUAGCCUCCUACUAGGUCUGUUGCCAGCCCGUUCGCUUCUCAUUGGUCUAAAAAUUUCACCAAUUCAGCUUCUUAUUGGCUUUUAUUUUUCAUGGAUAACGUGACUUUUGUUCUGCCGUUUCUCUCCGUUGUUUUUUUUACUUCCAGCUUACUUUUCUGAAUAGCUUCAGAGGCCCUACGUGAG